AUGGCUUUCCAACCAGCUUUCAAUGCUCGCCUAAUAAAUGAGGUUCGAAAACAUCCAUGUUUAUAUAAUCAUUCGAGACGUGGAAGUGGUGAUACAAUGGAACGACAUCGAUUAUGGGAAUCGAUUGCCAAGAAUAUUGAUUCGAAUUGUGCGGGUAAGCCUGAAAAUGACUGAAAAUUGUGGUUUUUGGGUGGAAAAAUGGUGAUUUUUGGCUUAAAAUGAGCUAGAAAUCAUGAAUUUUGGUUAAAAAUGAGGUUUUCUAACUGAAAAAUCGAGUUUUUGGCUGAAAAUUUGAUAAUUUUAGUGGAAAAAUGGGGAUUUUUGGCUGAAAAUGAGCUAGAAAUCAUGAAAAAUAGGUUUUCUAGCUGAAAAUCAGGGUUUUUAGUGAAAAAUCCUGAAAAUUCGGGUUUUCCAAGAGAACUACACAAAUGUUUUUUUCAAAAAUGUUUUUUUUCGAAAAUUUUCAAAAAUUUUUGCCACGUGAAUUUUAUAUACUGUAAUAUUUUGGCGCGAAAUUCAAAAAAUGUAAAUUCAGUUUUUUUGGCGCCAAGUUUUGACUUUUCAAAAAAUUUAAAUUCAGUUUUUUGGCGCCAAAAAUCCCCGAAUUCAAAAAAAUGCCGCGUGGAUUUUUUGCUCAUAAAAUUUUGAAUUUUCAAAUUUUAACUCUAAUUUUUUCGCGCCAAAAAUUUCCGAUUUCAAAAAUAAUUUUCAUAUAUCAAAUUUGGACUCAAAAAAUCCCCGAAUUCAAAUUUUUGCCACGUCAUAACUCCCCCCAAAAUUAUCGAUUUUUUGCAGCCGAAUUCGCCAAAAAACGUUGGCUUCAACUUCGUGAUAGAUAUCGAAAAGAGCUGAAAUUGGCGCUGAAAAAUGGAUUUCAAACCCCAGUAAGAUGGUGCUAUUUUAAUCAAUUAUCAUGGUUGGAUCCGUAUUUGAAGGAUAAUAUGUGAGUUUUUGGCUGAAAAUUGGCUGAAAAUCUGGAAUUUUGGGUUAUUUUAAGCUGAAAUUCAUGCAAUUUCAUGAAUUUUGAGCUAAAAAUACCUUAUUUUUGACCAAAAAUACUCGAAAUUCCUCUAAAAAUGCAGCGUAAAAGCGGAGCAUCGUUCAAAAAUCCAAAAAAUAAUUCCAGCCUGCUCUCCGGUCCGAAAAAAGAAGAGCUAGACGAAAUUGGCUCGCAGCCAAGUUUCAAUUGGUUCGAUUUUUCGUCGCUGAAUCGAAUCAAAGAUGAAAUUGAUGAUGAAAAUAGUGAAAUUCCCAUGGAAUCCUCGGUUUUGGAUCGAUUAUUGGCAAGUGCCACGAAUUCACACGCAAGAAUGCAGAGUCUGAGCCCCGAAAGUGAGUUUUCGGGCUUUUUUUGGGCCUAAAAUAGGGCCGUAUGGCUUAGAAUCGCUGAUUUUUGACCUAAAAAUCAUUGAAAACCCCCAAAAUCAACCCUAGAUCCGAAAAAGCCACAAAAACCAGCAAAUCCAAAAAAAGACCCCCCUGGUAUAAAUGGGGGCGGAGUCUAUUCCCCUAUCUCUCAAACUAGACUAUAGUUUCUAGGCAUGUUUGGGUCUCAAAAUUCUUGGGAUAACCUGUAGAUCAUGAAAAUUCAGCUUAUGUGCCUUUAAAAAUUUCACCAUGGGUCCUGCAACGAAAAUUUCUAUAGUAGAGGAACAAAAGGGGGGGGUACCUUUUUUCCGAAUUUUGGGUUUUCGAGGCAUUUUUGGUGUCAAAAUGCUUCAAAUCUUCCCUAGAUCAUCAAAAAACUACUGUAUGUCCCUUUAAAAAUCAUCCUAGACUAUUUUUUUGACCUAGUUCACCCUAUGGGGGGUAACUUUUUUUCCGAAUUUUGGGUUUUCGAGGCAUUUUUGGUGUCAAAAUGCUUCAAAUCUUCCCUAGAUCAUCAAAAAACUACUGUAUGUCCCUUUGAAAAUCACCCUAGACCAUUUUUUAGACCUAGUUCACCAUGGGGUGGGGUACCCUUUUUCUGAUACUUGAGAUUUUCCAGUCAUGUUUGGUGUCAAAAUGCUUCAAAUCCUCUGUAGAUCAUCAAAAAACUACUGUAUGUCCCUUUAAAAAUCAUCCUAGACUAUUUUUUAGACCUAGUUCAUCCUGGGGUGGGGUACCCGUUUUUCUGAUAUUUGAGAUUUUCCAGUCAUGUUUGGUGUCAAAAUGCUUCAAAUCUUCCCUAGAUCAUCAAAAAAAUACUGUAUGUCCCUUUAAAAAUCAUCCUAGAUUAUUUUUUAGACCUAGUUCACCCUGGGGUGGGGUACCCUUUUUCUGUUAUUUGAGAUUUUCCAGUCAUGUUUGGUGUCAAAAUGCUUCAAAUCCUCUGUAGAUCAUAGAAAACUACUGUAUGUCCCUUUAAAAACCCUCCCUACCCAUAUUUGGUAUCAAAACACUCCCCAAAAUUUCCAGUUUCCGUUGAAAACGACGAUUCUGGCACACAAUCAGUGGAUGAUGUUGACAUCGACGAUGAACCAGCCACGUCAUCCGAAGAACUUCUCAAUAUCAACAACACAUCAACCAGCACAACACCAUUGCCACCCACUCCAACAAUCGGCAGCACACCAACACCAUCCAAACAACAAUCGGUCGAGAAUUUGAUAGCCGCCAAUCAGGCACGGUUUGCACACCAUUUGGCGCAACAAUUGAGCGGAAUGACGCAGGUUUGUGUGAAAAUUGCGGGAAAAUGCAGAUUUUUGGUGGAGGAAUCAGGUUUCUAGGUGGAUUUUGAGCUGAGAUACGGUUAGCGCGUCAAAAGUGGGCGCUGCUUAUUUUUCUCUGCACUCUCUCAAAAUAAUGCAUAGGCGCUGCUUAUUUUUCAAAAGGGGGCGGAGCUUAUUUAGGCGCUGCUUAUUCAUUUUCCAAUGCAAAAAGUGGGCGCUGCUUAUUUUCUCUGCACUCUCUCAAAGUAAUGCAUAGGCGCUGCUUAUUUCUCAAAAGUGGGCGGAGCUUAUUUGGGCGCUGCUUAUUCAUUUUCCAAUGCAAAAAGUGGGCGCUGCUUAUUUUUCUCUGCACUCUCUCAAUUUAAUGCAUAGGCGCUGCUUAUUUCUCAAAAGUGGGCGCUGCUCAUUUUUCUCUGCACUCUCUCCAAAAUAAACAUAGGCGCUGCUUAUUUUCAAUCAAAAAGUUCCGCAGUUUUCAUGUUUAGAUAAAUAAAAAAAAAAUGUAUUCUUCAAAAUUCGAGUUCUUGUUUAAUUUGUGAAUAUAUUAAUCUAGUUGUUCUCAAAAGAAAACGAUGUUGUCGAUUUGGCCACUUCUUUGAUUUUCUCCAGAAUCUAACAUAUUUAAUGCUUCCUUCUCCUGCUUCUUCAUCUUCAACACCAGUUCCAGUAUAUUUUUGGAUAAUUUGAAUCAAAUCUGAGCGUCUAUCGAUUUCGUCAAAACCCACUCCAAUCUUUAUUGAAUGUUCAUCAAUUACUUCUUCAAUUAGAAGAAGUCUCAAGAAUUCAUCAAAUUCAGUUAACCAAAAUAUGGGAUUUCUCAAAUAUCGCUUCUCUGAUUUGAGUUGAAAUAAAUAAUCCAGUUGAAUAUUCGGAAUUUCAACGCGGUUUCGAAUUUGAGAAAGUGUAUCAAAAUCAACAAAUCCACUUGAAAUUGGAUCAAUUCCAUGUAUAUUUUUUGAAAGUAUCAAACUUUCCAGACUUUUCAAUUUGUUGAUAUUUGUUCGAUUAUAAGGAAAAUCAUCCUGCAAAAUAUAAAUCGAGCUUAAUCUUCAAAUCAAAACUCACAAGUUCAAUUCGAAUACUUUUCAAAGUUUUUGUGUUUUUCUUCAAAAUAAAAUUGAAAUAUCUCAAAGUAAUUUCGAUCAAAUCGUUUGUAUCAAAUAUUGUUGUCAAACUAAUUUCCUCAUUCAUAAAUCGACAGAUAUUAUCUUUUCCAUAUGAUAGUUUCGCUAAAAUAUAAUGAUAUUGUUCAUCUAUCGCAUGCACAAAUACUCCAAUAUUUCGAUUUUCCCCGAUUCCUUUAUCAAAUAUCAAAAUUUCAACGAUAUAAUUUUGAAAAGUUAGCGCAACUUCUUUAUUACAACCCAUUGAACACUUUGAAAAAGACCGUUUUCCUUCCAAAUCCAUCGAAUCUAUUAUCAUUCGUCUUAUAUCGUAUGGCAAAUCGAACCAGACAAUUCCAUUAUAUUCUUCUUGAAUUUCUUGAGUUUGAGAUUGUGAAAUAGAAGUCUCCAGUUGGGUUUUUUGGGUUUCCUUUCGCGAAAAACACGAGCCCAUUUUUCUAGUCUAAAAAAUCUAAAAAUGCCAGACAAAUUUUUGUAUUUCACGCACGUCCUCUAGAAAAUUCUAGAUUUUUUAAAUUAUUUUUUGUUAGAGCCGAAAAUUUUUGGGUUUUUCUCUACACGAAAAUAACACGUUUCGCAGAUUUUGUAUCCGUGUUUAAUCAAAAAAGUGGGCGCUGCUUAUUUUUCUCUGCGCUCUCUUCAAAUCAUACAUAGGCGCUGCUUAUUUUUCUCUGCGCUCUCUCAAAAUAAAACAUAGGCGCUGCUAAUUUCGAAAGUGGGCGGAGCUUAUUUGGGCGCUGCUUAUUUUUCUCUGCAUUUUCGCGUCAGAUUUGGUGUUUUAGAGAAAUCUACAGUAUUAUACAUCAUUCGACGCAUAAUUUCAUGAUCUACCCACAUUUUUGCAGCAAAUCAAGCCAAUUCCAUCGCACCAUCAACAACAUCAAGAUUUCCGACGUCAAAUGAUGCAAAAAAUCGAUUUACAACAAGUCGGAAAAGUCGCAAUUGAAUGGUUGAAUGAUGAAGAUUUGCUAUAUUCCAGAAUAAUUGGGCUGAAAUUGAAGAAAAUGGAGCCGAAGAAGCGGAAAAGGGUGAGGAGUACUGUAGCUACAGUAACCCGUAGACCUGAAAUUAAUUUUUGAAUUAUUCCAGAUGCGCGAACAAAUCAUGCAAUUAUUGGAAGAAGCCGACGAUAUUGAAAAUGACGAUUCUUGCAGUUCACAUUCAAAAGAUUCUUAG